AUGUUUUCGGACCAAGAUUACCUGCCCACUAUCGAUGCGAUUUUGAAAGUGUCUGAUUCGUCCAAAGUGUCUGUGAAGAGGAUACGAAAGGCCUUGGAAGCUCUUUUUGAUGUUGAUUUGACCGCAGACAAGAAACGGAUUAAUGAGCUUAUUAUGGAACGAUACGAGUAUUUUUUACAGGCGGAUGAGGACGAGCAAUUGGAGCCGAGUUCGAGGAUUGCACAGCUGGAAAAGGAGAACAAGCGGAUGGCUGCGAGAUUAAACCAGUUGUUAAAACAAAAAGACGUGAAUAAAGUGGUUAAAAAGGCCAAAAAGACUUCCAGUUCAAAAGAAACAGCAAACGCAGCCAAUCCGUUACUAAAAGGAUUGCUUCCGAGCGAAAAACUGGCCGAGUUUCUUGGAUCGUCCGAACCAAUUGCUAGAACACAAGUGGUGAAGAAAAUAUGGGAGCACGUGAAGGCAAACGAACUUCAAAAUCCACAGGACAGAAGAGAAAUAUUAUGCGACGAUAAGCUGAAGCCGAUAUUUGGCAAUAAAGUGAACAUGUUCAAAAUGAACAAAGUUUUAGUGGACCAUCUUCGCAAUAACGAAGAUGUUGUUGCUAAUGCAGGAGAAGCAGAUUAA